CUAACAUUGUCCCAACCGAGCUGCUCUAAACUUAAACUUAAAAAUAAGCGCCAGCUCCAGCCCCCAGUGUGUGUGCUGUGUUGGAGGGACAGUCGUGGAAGCCUCCGCCCCACCGGCGGCGUCACUCAGUGCAGCCUUUGUGCUCCAGCAGCAGCAGCAGCAGCCGGAGGAGGAGGAAUAAGGAGUGAGUGGAGAGAGGAGAGAGAGGGCAGGAGGGACUCGAGCGCAGCAGCAGCGCCAAGGACAGGACAUGCAGCCCGCCUUCCUUGCUUAGUGCUCACAACCCGCCGCUGAGCUCUCUCUCCUGAGGUGAAUAACCUGCCGACGGCUCGUUUCUAAUACGAAUAUGAUUCCAGUGACAGAAUUCCGUCAGUUCUCGGAACAGCAGCCAGCUUUCCGAGUCCUUAAGCCAUGGUGGGAUGUGUUUGCAGAAUAUCUCUCUGUGGUCAUGCUUAUGAUCGGCGUGUUUGGAUGUACCCUUCAGGUAAUGCAGGACAAAAUCAUAUGUCUUCCUGUGAGGACGCCUUUCCCAAACCAAACAGUGCCUUUUUCAAAUCAGACAGAGUUAGCCAGUCCUCCACCUAUUUCCCCAGUGCCUGUGGCCCAUGAGAUGAAGGGACUGAAAACCAACUUGGAUCUGCAACAGUACAGCUUUGUAAACCAGAUGUGCUAUGAAAAAGCUUUGCACUGGUAUGCCAAGUACUUCCCUUACCUAGUGUUAAUACACACCAUUGUGUUCAUGGUGUGCAGCAAUUUCUGGUUCAAGUUCCCUGGCUCAAGCUCAAAAAUUGAGCACUUCAUUUCCAUAUUGGGCAAAUGUUUUGAUUCUCCCUGGACUACAAGGGCUCUGUCUGAGGUAUCAGGAGAGAAUCCAGAGGAGAAAGACCACAAAAAGAACAGUGCCAGUAGAUUAAACCUUGAUACCUCCACUGUUGAAGGCAACCUGGAGAAGACCCAGUCGCUCAGAUCUAUUCCUGAAAAGAUUGUGGCAGAUAAAUCCACUGCAAGUGUACUUGAUAAAAAGGAAGGAGAGCAGGCUAAAGCAUUGUUUGAAAAAGUAAAAAAAUUCCGGCUUCAUGUGGAGGAAGGGGAUUUGUUGCGUCUGAUGUAUGUUCGUCAGACUGUCCUCAAAGUACUCAAGUUUAUUCUCAUCCUUGUGUACAACAGUCUCCUGGUGUCUAAGGUUAAAAUUACAGUGACCUGUAAAGUGGACAAAGUGGAGAAUAUGAUAGGCUACCAAAACUUUUAUUGCAAUCACACAAUGGCCCAUCUCUUCUCUAAGCUCUGCUACUGUUACUUGUGUCUCGUAGUUGUCUAUGGAUUAACGUGCCUUUAUACAUCCUACUGGCUUAUCUGUUGUUCUCUGAAGGAGUACUCUUUUGAAUAUGUGAGGCAGGAGACUGGAAUUGAUGACAUCCCAGAUGUAAAAAAUGACUUUGCCUUCAUGUUGCACAUGAUUGAUCAGUAUGAUCCACUGUAUUCCAAGAGGUUUGCCGUAUUUCUCUCCGAGGUAAGCGAAAACAAGCUGAAACAGCUCAAUCUGAACCAUGAGUGGACGGUGGAUAAGCUUCGUCAGAGAUUGCAAACCAAUGCUAAUGACCGAUUGGAGCUUCAGCUCUUCAUGCUCUCAGGACUUCCAGAUACAGUCUUUGAGGUAACUGAGCUACAGUCCUUGAAACUGGAGAUUAUUAAUAAUAUCACUAUCCCACCAGCUAUUUCCCAGCUUGAGGAUCUUCAGGAGCUUUCUUUGUACCAGUGCUCUCUCAAAAUCCACACAGCAGCCCUCACUUUCCUCAAGGAGAACCUUAAAGUUCUGCGUGUGAAGUUUGAUGAUGGCCGGGAGCUGCCGUUAUGGCUGUAUGGUCUUCGGAACUUGGAGGAACUCCAUUUAACCGGCUCUCUGAGUCCUGAUGCAUCAAAAAACAUAACUCUGGACUCUUUAAGGGAACUCAAGUCACUCAAGACCUUGACACUCAAAAGCAAUCUGACCAAGAUCCCCCAGUCUGUUGUGGACGUGUCGAGCCACCUGCAGCGCCUGCACGUGCACAAUGACGGCACCAAGUUGGUCAUGUUGAACAACCUUAAGAAAAUGGUGCAUCUUACAGAGCUGGAGCUGGUGCAUUGUGAUCUGGAACGCAUCCCACACGCCAUCUUCAGUCUUAUUCACCUGCAGGAGCUGGAUCUUAAGGAGAACAACCUGCGUUCCAUUGAGGAGAUCAUCAGUUUCCAGCACCUCCGUAAACUCACGUGCCUCAAGCUGUGGCACAACGGGAUCACUCACAUCCCUGAGCACAUCAAGAAGCUGGGCAGUCUGGAGCGCCUCUAUUUCAGCCACAACAAGAUUGAGAUUUUGCCCUCUCACUUAUUUCUCUGCAACAAGCUGCGCUAUCUCGAUCUGUCCUACAACGACAUCCGCUUCAUUCCCCCAGAGGUGGGUGUUCUCCAGAGCCUUCAGUACUUCUCGGUGUCUUGUAACAAACUCGAGAACAUCCCAGAUGAACUGUUCUUCUGCAAGAAACUGAAAACCCUCAAGCUUGGGAGGAACACACUUUCUGUGCUCUCACCAAAGAUUUCCUUCCUGGUUUCUUUGACGCAUUUGGAGUUAAAGGGCAAUCAUUUUGAGGUCUUGCCAGCUGAGCUGGGCUAUUGUCGCGCCUUGAAGCGCAAUGGCCUUGUGGUAGAGGAUGCACUCUUUGACACUUUGCCUUCAGAUGUCAGGGAUCAGAUGAAAGCUGAGUGAUGCAUCUCAGCUUUGGUAAAAUGCCUCACAUGUAAAAGGCAGCAUUACUAAUGCUUUUUAAUUGAACUCAAGUGUCCCACCCCAUGCUCAUUGUUGACAUUAACGGGUGAGUACUUGCAUUUAAAUGCUUAGAUAUUUGAUUGAAGGGAAAUAUGUAUCUUAAUGAUGGAUUAAAGUCUCCUUAGUGUAGGAUUUCUAUUAAAAAUGUAGAGAACAGCCUUGUAUUAUACUUUUAAAGUAAUGUAGAUCAUUCAAAGAUUUUACAAAGGUCAAUUACAUUAUACAAACCCUGAUCAUGUAUAUUAGCACCUUAUUUUUUUGUGGUGCUCUCCAACUUUCCAAAGAGUAGAUUAGCAGCAGUGUUAAUGUAUAGUUAAAGGCAGUCAUGAAUGCAUUGCAUGUAUUAAAUUUCUGAUUAUGGUGAUUUCACUGUUCGUGAAGGUUUUACCGGUUGAGUACAAUGACGUCACUAUUUAGCCAUUGGAAAAGCAGUAUACCAAACAGAUCUUGGCACUCUGUUUAAGAUCGCGGUCAGGGGGUAUGGAUAAAGAAGGGCCUUUUCUGUGCAGUGGUUGUAUGUUUAAACCAAAGCUGUCGUGUCUCGCCUUUUUGUGCCCCAUAAAGCUAAAUGUUUAAUUCUCUCAGUCGUUCAAGCUAAACCAAUUACCCAUUUCAGUGAAUCAUUAAGUUUAUUGGAAAAGUCCUGAGAGACUGUGAGAACCAAGCCUGUGGUCUGACAUGCCAGGCUAUUGUAACAGUUUUCACUGGAAGCUUCAACAUUCCAUCAACUUGUGCAUCAUAUUUAGCAUGUUUAGCAAUGGUAUGUGUACUAUGAAGUGAGUGCAGAAACUGUAUUAGAAUUGUAAUAGUAUUCAAAUAUAGUAGUGGUUUAUCAAAGCGCUUUCUACAUAGCCUGCUUGUUAGUUCAUACAUGGGGUCUUUGGAGAUUAUAAAAGCGUUCAGAGCAAGAGGGAGUGAUGGAGCCAUUGGUAACUUAAACGUUCUCAGGUAAUCUCUGUAUUGUCUUUUCCUUUGGCUUCAGUGUUGUAGAAUGUAACUGAUGUUGAAGCAGGUGUUUGUUGGUCCUUGCAAGCUGAAUGGAAAUGUGUCAAAAUAUACCUCUUAUAAACACUACAUAAGUGCUACUUCAAGCUUUAUCAUCAAUUACAUAUUUCACAAAGCCACUUUGUUAUUGUAGUUUUACCAUUUUUGCUGUUUUGGAUUGAAAAACUGUCUUCUGUAGGCAGCUUGUUUAUUUGUUUGUUUAUCGCUUUGCUCUCUAGUCUGUAUCUCGGCCUGUACAAGGCCAACCAGCUAUAUUCAAAGAAGGAUUUUGUUUUAUUUAACAAUCUUAGAUCUUUUUUUUCUUCCAUUUAUACGCUUUCUUUUUUAGAAAGAUGCCAUGUACAUUGCUGUUGUUUUUAGAAACUGUGCCUACAAAAUAUGAAGCAUUAAACUUGGACUUUCUUGUGCCCUUAAUUGCCUUAGCAACAUUAUGCUGUACAUUUUAUAUAAGCCGUUUUAACUCUUUUUGUGGAAACAAGAAAAGAAUAAAAGGAAUACAUAAUGAAGAA